AAAUCGGGGCGAAGCCCAAACAGCCGAAGAAGACUUGAACGGUUCCCGGUUGCUGAGCCGCUUCACUCUCCGCAGCUGCAACUCCGCUUCUGCCCCACAUUCAUGCAAGCCGCCUCGUGAACGCGACCCCAGCCGAACCUCCGCGAUGCUCCUCCCGCCGUGUUCGGAGUGCUGACGAGUGGACCGUCGCUCCCACCGAAGACGUCAGAGCGAUGGAGCCCAGCGGGGCCACCGAGGACCUGGUGUUUCGGGGGGUGGAGUUCGCGGUGAAGAUGGAGGUGGACAAGGGCUUGCUGAUGGUGGAGAUCUCUGACUCGGCGACGGCGGACCAGUGGCGGGGGGAGUUCGACCCGGCGUACAUCGAGGACCUGACCCGCAAGACUGGCAACUUCAAGCAGUUCCCCAUCUUCUGCAGCAUGCUGGAGUCGGCCGUCAGGAAGAUGAGUGACUCAGUCACUCUGGACCUGCUGACCUACGCUGACCUGGAGCUGCUGCGGAACCGCAAGGCCGGGGUGGUGGGUCGGCCCCGGGGACCCCCCCAGUCGUCUGCGCUCACGGCCAAGAGAUACCUGAUCCUGAUCUACACGGUGGAGUUCGACAGGAUCCACUACCCGCUGCCGCUGCCCUACGUGGGCAAACCCGACCCGGCCGCCCUGCAGAAGGAGGUCCGGGCGCUGAGGUCCGAGCUGGCGUCGCUCACCUCGAGAGGCUUCAGCAAAUCUGCGGAACUUGAGAUUCACCGACUGCGAACAGAGCUGGCUCUGGUCAAGGAGGAGAAGGAGUCCAUGGCCAAGGUCCUGGAGCGGCUGCAGCUGAGCAGCGGCGGAGCCCCAGCUGUGCGAGAGGACUGGAGGACGCGCGAGGUGGUGCGGUCCCUGGAGGAGCAGCUGGCCAAGGAGAGGGCCAAGAGUCAGCGCUGGGCGGGGAAGCGCUGCCAGGAGCAGCGGCUCCUCACCGAGCAGCUGGAGGAGCUGCGGGAGUCGGAGUGUGCGCUGCGAGUCCGAGUCAAGAGUCUGAGCAACGAGCUGGCGCUGCUGCGGAGAGGCGGGGUCACCCCCGGCGCCGCUCACAGGGACGUCUACCGCUCGCUCUCCAGAGAGGGGAGGGCGCUGUACGGCACCAGCAGGGGGCGCUCGGGAUCUCGGGAGCGGCCGGAGAGCAGGGUGCAGCGGUCGGAGGAGCGCGGGAGGAGAGCGGACUCCUCCGGGCCGCGAGCCGCCGUCACCCGAUCCUCGCCGUCUCCCACCAGGUCUCACGUCCCGCGCUUCGACCCGACCGCCUACAUCCAGGACCGGCAGCGGCGGCAGAAAGAGGCGGAGCUGAAAAAGCUCCGGAAGGUUCGGAGGGACAUGCUGUCGUCGCCCAUCCUCGCAGAGAGGGGGCGCUCUCGCUCCAGGGAGCUGCUUCCUCAGAGCGGCAGCAGAGGCAGGAGCUUGUCCGUGGAGCGGCGAGGAAGCAGGAAUUCCUCAGGAAGCUCUGUCGUGGACAUGGACGAAGUCGGCCGCGCCGUGCUCCGAGGACGACCGUCCACCUUCAAUGGCCCCAGCAUGUCCAGAGCCGGUCUCCGGACCAGGAACCCGGUCUGCAGCACUCCCACUCAGCGUCUGAGAGACAAAGACUCGUCCGUGGACGCCGGCGCCGAGCUGUCGGAGAUCGACGCCCGUCUCCAGGCCCUGCAGGACUACAUGAGGGACCUGGACACCGGGCACUGACGGGACAGAACCCCUCUCUCAGGCAACUCCGGCCAUCACUGUGAAGGACUCAAGCCAUUUGAUUCACUGAAGUUACCGUGGUCACUCCUGCUCCGACCCGAACACUGUGUCCUUUUAGAAAAUAGCCAUCUGACGUGUUGCCAAGUUACACAAGUGUUUUUUUAUUGUUUGUUUGCCACAGCUGUAAAUUUUCAUUAAAUUAUCUUGAAAUAUUGCCCAGUGAGCCACUGGGGGGCGCUGGAGUGUGUCCGCACGGCAGCGUGACAGCUGAGCCUCCCGCGGCCGUUUGCUUCAGCUAAUGAGCAGCCGCCGAGUGGGGACUCGUGUCCUCAGGAGGAAACAGCUGUGCUCCGUGUCUGUAACCACUCGGGAGGCGCGCGCUUGUCGAGUGGAACCGAGUGUAAACUGUGACAAGACUCAGUCUGGAACUAACUGGAAGUGAACUGAGGGCGGCGAAGGCGCGAGUGUGUGGAAGAACAGACGGUGGUGACCUCCGCCUCAGGUGGAGCCGGACUGGUGGGACGUGGACGGCAGCAGGCCCAGGUUCCGCCGCUUGCUGAGCAGCAUCUGGAUGUGCAGCGUGAGCUGCCGGGGACGAGCGUGUUAGCGGCGGCGGCUGAUGGUUCGGGCCCGGGCCGGUGGGGUCACUCACCGACUGCUGCUUGGUCAGGAUGUCUCGGUACAUUGCCUUCCUGCGCUCCU